AUGACUAAAAUGGUUGAAGUAAGAGUACCAAAUGGAUUUUCCAUUAGGAGAAUCCAAAAACAGGACUACGAAGGUGUAAUUAAAACCUUAAGCAUAUUAACAACAGUUGGAGCAGUAACUGAAAAACAAUUUGGUUCAAUAGUUGAAUAUUGGGAUACCCAAAAGUUACCAAAGGGAGAUGUUUACAAAUACAAUCCUUAUGUAAUUGUUGAAGACUCUACUGGUAAAGUUGCAGCUACAGGGAAUGUUAUUAUUGAACAAAAAUUAAUUCAUGAAUGUGGACUUGUUGGACAUAUCGAAGAUAUUGCAGUAGGAUCUGAAUUUCAAGGUAAGAAGCUUGGAGCAUUAUUGAUUAACAAACUAACUGAGGUUGGUCUUGAAAGUGGUUGUUACAAGAUAAUCUUAGACUGUGAUCCUAAAAAUGUUGCAUUUUAUGAAAAAUGUGGAUUCCACACAGCUGGGGUUGAAAUGCAAAUAAAAGCUAAUCUAUAA